AACACACAAAAAAAGGGGAGGAAAUUCAUCGUCGGUGGCAACUGGAAAUGCAAUGGGACAACUUCAGAUGUGAAGAAGAUUGUCACCAUAUUGAAUGAAGCUGAAGUCCCUUCAGAAGAUGUUGUGGAACUGUUGGGUUCGGAACGGUGGUGCUUUACUGGGGAAAUUAGUGCUGAGAUGCUGGUCAAUUUGGGGAAUCCCUGGGUCAUUAUUGGGCAUUCUGAGAGAAGCCAACUUCUAAAUGAAUCCAAUGAGUUUGUAGGGGACAAAGUCGCAUGUGCACUUUCUCAAGGCUUGAAACUUAUUGCUUGUGUUGGAGAGACUCUUGAGCAGCGAGAAUCGGGAUCCACAGUAGCUGUGGUUGCCGCACGAACGAAAGCAAUAGUAGAUAAAGUAUCAAAUUGUGAGAACAUUGUUUUGGCAUAUGAACCAGUCUGGGCCAUCGGAACUGGGAAGGUUGCAACCUCUGAGCAGGCGCAAAAAGUCCAUUUUGAAUUGAGAAAAUGGCUCAAAGAUAAUGUCAGUGCUGAAGUUGCUGCAUCAGCCAGAGUUAUUUAUGGAGGUUAUGUAUUGGAGCAAAUUGCAAAGAAUUGGCAACACAACCAGACGUGGAUGGGUUUUUGGUUGGCGGAGCUUCCCUUAAGCCGGAGUUCAUUGACAUUAUCAAGUCCGCCACAGUAAAGAAGGAUGACUGGGGCUCAGUAGUGUUUGUCUAGCUUCAAGAAAGUUGUGAUUUAUCGAGUUGUUAACUAAAUUACUUGGGCAAGAAGGAAGGGAACUUUUCCAGCACAUUCAAUGUAAGAACUAAUAAGUAAAUAAAUAAAUAUAUAUAUAUAUAUA